UUUUGACAUUUAACAAAUUUCUUACGUUGAUCAAAUAAAAGUUCGAUUAAAAAAAAAUAGUGUUUUCUUUCAAAUGAAAAUAAAAUUAAUCCUUGAGAAUGAAAAAAGCCAAUAGAAGUUAAAAAUACCCCCAAAAUCCACUCAAAGCCAAUUGCAAACCGUAUUCGAGUCGAACAAAUAAUCUUUCAGUGGAAAAAGAGAAGAAAAUGUUCCGACGUUUCUUUGCAACAUUCAUCGAUCAACAGAUAACAGCUUCGUCGCCUGAUUUUAUCUUCAACUCGCCCAAAAUCGCACAAACUUUCAACUCGCCCGGCCUUGAGAGUCUCUCGUGGUUGUACUCCCAUACACCAUGCUUUCCCCUGCACGGCGAUCAGAUUUCCAUUAUCCACGAACCCAGCAAGUUCUAUGACACCCUCAUCCAGAAGUCGGCCGAAGCCAAAGAGAGAAUUGUCCUUGCCAGCUUGUAUCUGGGAACUGGCAACCUAGAGGCUGCCUUCGUCCAGACAAUAAAAUCAAACCUGCAGAAGAAUGAUUCGUUGCGGGUGAAUGUCCUGUUGGACUUCUCGCGAGGCACUCGCGGUGAAGUCAACUCCAAAACAAUGCUGAUGCCUCUGCUGUCUGAAUUCAAUAAGAACGUAUCCCUGUCAAUGUACCAUACGCCCGAUCUGCGAGGCAUGACCAAACGCUUCGCACCGCCUCGAUGGAACGAGCUCGUCGGCCUGCAGCACAUGAAAAUCUACCUCUUUGACAACUCGGUGAUGAUAAGCGGCGCUAAUUUGUCCAAUGACUACUUCACGAAUCGACAGGAUCGGUACAUCCUGAUCGAGGAUAAGAAUCUGGCCGAUUUCUAUGCGAAAUUCAUUGCCAAAGUGCAGGAAUUUAGUUUACUAGUGCGGGACGAUGCCGAAGUCGAAUUGCACAAGAAUUGGUCGUUGUUGCCGUACGAAGGCGACAAGGAGACUUUCAUGAACACCGCCAAACAACGGGUCACGGAUUUCUUUCAGGAUACCUUUAGCAAGCAGAAGAGUGUCUUAGAACGAUCAUCGGAUGCAGACACAUGGAUCUUCCCGCUCAUCGAAAUGGGUCAGAUAGGAAUACACCACGAUAGUAUUGUUACGAAACAACUGCUCUCUUCUUCAGUGAGUGGGUCUCGACUUAAGCUAGCGACAGGAUAUUUUAAUUUAACCCAAGACUACAUGGACACGAUCACAAAAAACUGUCCAGCGCAAUGUAGUAUCUUAAUGGCACAUCCAAAUGCGAAUGGUUUCCAGGGUGCGAAUGGCCCUGCUGGCAGUAUUCCAGCCGCAUACACCCUCAUAGCCAAACAUUUCUAUGAGAACCUUGUGCGAGAAAAACAGAACCACCGAGUGAACUUCUUCGAAUUCGAAAAGGACGGUUGGAGCUACCAUGCGAAAGGCUUAUGGUACUAUCUUCCAAAUUCAAGUUAUCCUAGCCUCACACUUAUAGGUUCCUCCAAUUUUGGCGAACGAUCGGUUAAUCGUGAUCUAGAAAGUCAAGUUUGCUUGGUCACUUCCAAUAAAUCCCUGCAGAGUCGACUUCAAGAUGAGGCUGAUAGAUUAUACGGCUUUGGAUCAACAGCAGAAGCUCAAAUAACAACUCGACCAGUACCGCGUUGGGUGCAAGCCGUGGUUCGAAUUUUUAGGAAUUUCUUCUAAUCAAAAUGACACAAUAAUGAUGAUGAGUGUUCGGAUGCCUAUAAGAAUGUAUUUUUAAAGUUAACGUCAUUGAUUAAGAUUUUAUUUCACUAAAACUUGAAGUAGUUUUUUUUUUUUUAAAUGAUUUGUAUUCUUAUUUUUUUUUAUUAUUUCCAAACCCGUUUGUAAAUUAAGUCCCAGUCACAAUUUCCAGCUUAUUUGUAAAAUAAACAUUUGUCUUUUGACGACAUAUUUAUAUUCGUACAGUU